UAGUAGUUGGUGCAGCCACCGGCUUUGAGCGAGCUCCAAUUUGCAUGCGGCAGAAAUGCGCUUGUAUAAGCGGGCACGAAUGGGGGCAUGUUGUUGCGAACGUUUUCUCGUGAUUAAACUCCAUUGAAUCCAGUUGAAUAUAUUUCUAACAAUAGGCAAGACUGAAAAGCUCGAAGGCUGCCAAAUCCAAAGCCUUCGUGCAGCCUCAUCCGAGGAAUACAUACAUACACACGCAACGCGCGCGUACAAAUAACGCUGCGUUCCUAUAUAGUGUUAUUCCGGUCUAAAGUCAUUGAUUUCAGUUGCAAAAUCCCUAUUUUUUACCUGACACCUAUUAUACUUGAUAUAACAAAAAUGCUUUAUUUGAUUGGACUUGGACUUGGAGAUGCCAAAGAUAUUACAGUGAAAGGCCUGGAGGUUGUACAGCAAUGUAGCCGAGUAUACCUGGAGGCCUACACUUCAGUUCUCACAGUUGGAAAGGAAGCACUGGAGGAAUUUUACGGCAAAGAACUGAUUCUUGCUGACAGAGAAACAGUGGAACAGGAGGCAGAUACAAUUUUGAAGGAUGCCCAUCAAUGUGAUGUAGCUUUUCUUGUAGUUGGAGAUCCUUUUGGGGCUACUACACACAGCGAUCUUGUUCUCCGAGCAGUGAAGCUGGGGAUUCCCUACAGAGUUAUACACAACGCUUCUAUACUCAACGCCGUUGGCUGCUGUGGUUUACAGCUGUACAAUUUUGGAGAAACAGUUUCCAUCGUUUUCUGGACUGAUACAUGGAAGCCUGAGAGUUUUUUUGAUAAAGUCAUCAAAAACAGGAAGAAUGGAAUGCAUACUCUCUGCUUGCUUGACAUCAAAGUAAAGGAGCAGUCUUUGGAAAAUCUCAUGAGGGGGAAGAAAAUUUAUGAACCGCCACGGUAUAUGAGUGUGAAUGAAGCAGCUGAACAGCUUCUUGCCGUCAUUCGUAAUAGGAGACAAGAAGGGGAAGAGCCAGAAGUUACAGAAAACACCGUAUGUGUUGGCUUAGCCAGAGUGGGCACAGCGGAUCAAAAGAUUGCUUCAGGCACACUGCAGGAAAUGACCAUGGCAGAUCUAGGAGGUCCUCUACACUCUAUGAUCAUCAGCGGCAUUCUGCAUCCGCUGGAAAUAGAGAUGCUUAAACUCUUUGCUGUAAAUAAAGUCAUAUUUGAGAACUGAUUACAUUUUUCUAUAUAGCUCUUUAUUGAAUGUGACAG